AGCUUCCCUCUUCUCUCAUUAGCAGCUGCCUUGUCCCAGCGAGAGGAAGGCAGGCAGUCUGCUGUGCACAGACACACUCUUCACCCCUCAGUGUCCCCCCUUCACAAACACUGCAAUCAUGCUGAAGGUGUUUGUAGAAUCUGCAGCUAACAUCCCCAAAACCAAGCUUGGGAAACCUGAUCCUAUAGUCACCAUCACCUUUAAAGAUGAAAAACGCAAAACCAAGACUAUAGACAGUGAACUGAACCCUGUGUGGAAAGAGCUGCUCGAAUUCGAUCUAAAGGGAAUUCCGCUAGACUAUUCUUCAUCCCUGGAUGUUGUUGUGAAGGACUUUGAAACAAUUGGAAAAGACAAAUUAAUUGGAAAGACCACUAUAUCACUCAAGGAACUGGCUGGUAGCCAGAGCCGAUCUCUACCUUUCAAAGGCUUGGCUCUGUUAAGCGAGAAGGGACAACUUAUUGGAUCAACAAUCGAUUUAAUGAUUUCCUAUGAAGCUCCCCCAACCUCUACUGGCAAUCCGAAUGACCCUGGAGGAACAAACGUUCAAGGAGAUGGUGACUAUGAAGAUGUGGAAGAUGGAGAUGUUGUCGAUGCUGGAAUCAGUCCAUUUAUCCCAGGAGUUCCUGGCCAAGCAGACAAUCAGAUUGCACGACGUCUUACUAAAGGAAAGAAGACCAGAAGAAUUUUGUCAAACAAACCACAAGACUUUCAGGUUCGUAUUCGAGUUAUCGAAGGACGUCAGCUUACUGGCAACAACAUCAAGCCCGUUGUAAAAGUUACUGUGGCCGGUCAGACGCACCGGACAAGAAUCAAGAGGGGAAAUAAUCCAUAUUUUGAUGAACUCUUCUUUUAUAAUGUGAACAUGACCCCUUUAGAACUUCUGGAUGAGUCUGUAGUCAUUCGUCUCUUCAAUUCUGGUUCAAUACGAUCUGACAGUUUGAUUGGAGAAUUUAAGCUCGAUAUAGGAUUUGUUUUUGAUGAACCAGGUCACGCAGUCAUGCGAAAAUGGGUCCUGCUGUCUGACCCAGAUGACUUAAAUUCUGGUGCAAAAGGUUAUCUGAAAGUCAGCAUGUUUGUUAUUGGGACUGGAGACGAACCCCCAGUUGAAAAAAGAGACAAAGAGAGUGAGGCUGAUGAUGUUGAAAGCAAUCUCUUGUUACCAGCUGGAGUGACACUUCGAUGGGUUACAUUCCUGCUUAAAAUCUACAGAGCUGAAGAUAUUCCGCAGAUGGAUGAUGCAUUCGCACAGUCAGUGAAGGAGCUGUUUGGUGGAGAAUCUGACAGGAAAAAUUUGGUCGACCCAUUUGUUGAAGUUUCUUUUGCUGGAAAAAAGGUUUGUACUAGACGAAUAGAGAAGAAUGCUAACCCAGAAUGGAACCAGGCUGUUAACCUUCAGAUAAAGUUUCCUUCAAUGUGUGAGAACAUAAGGCUGACUGUUUAUGAUUGGGACAGAAUUACGAAGAAUGAUGCCAUUGGAACAACUAAUCUUAGCCUUUCAAAAAUUGCUGCUUCUGGAGGAGAGAUGGAAGAAUAUGACUCUACGGGAGUUGGGUCUGCAUCGUCUGAAGGUUUAUAUCCUGGUAUGAGUGACAAACAGGAGUUUGGGUUUUUACCAACCUUUGGACCUUGCUAUUUAAACCUUUAUGGAAGUCCAAGGGAAUAUACUGGCUUUCCAGACCCAUAUGAUGACUUGAACUUUGGGAAGGGUGAAGGUGUUUCAUAUAGAGGAAGGGUAAUGGUUGAACUUAUCACCAAACUUGAUGGUACUCCUAGUUCAAAGAUUGAGGAUAUCCCAAGCGAUGAUCUACUUGUGGUUGAGAAAUACCAGCGAAGGAGGAAGUUCAGCUUGUGCGCCGUGUUCCAUUCGGCCUCCAUGCUGCAAGACAUUGGUGAAGCCAUACAAUUUGAAGUUAGCAUUGGCAACUAUGGCAACAAAUUUGAUAGCACCUGCAAACCUUUUGCUUCAACAACGCAAUACAGCCGCGCUGUUUUUGAUGGCAGCUACUAUUACUACCUCCCAUGGUCUGCUAAAAAACCCGUGGUAACACUAACCUCUAACUGGGAGGAUAUCAGCCAUCGACUAGACAUUGUCAAUAUUCUACUGGCCAUGGCAGAUCGACUGCAAACCAAUAUAUCUUCCCUUAAAUCUGGCAUACAAGCAAAGCUUCCUGAUACUCGUCUGGCAGAGAUAUGGCUCCAGCUGAUUGAUCAACUCAUCGAAGAUCUUGCGAAACCACUGCCUUCCCAUGAAGGAAAGUCCAAUGUCACAAUGCUGGACAUGCAGCUGGAGAAGCUUCGUAACAAUGCUCUAAAGCUCAUCAUGGAUUCCGCAGUAAGAAUAAGAAGUGAAGCAACUGAUGUUAAGGCAACUCUGCCUGAGAUUGAAGAUUGGAGUGAGAAAUUACAGCAACUGGCCGAAGAGCCACAAAACAGCAUGCCAGAUGUGAUUAUUUGGAUGAUUCGGGCAGAGAAAAGGUUGGCGUACGCUCGUGUUCCAGCCCAUCAAGUCCUGUAUUCCACCACCAGUCCCGAAGCUUGUGGCAAGUACUGUGGGAAAACCCAAACAGUCUUUUUACAGUAUCCUCUCGACAAGAAUAAUGGUAUAAAGAUUCCAGCUCAGGUCAGAUUGAACAUUUGGCUGGGACUGUCUGCAGUCGAAAAUAAAUUCAACAGUUAUGCCGAAGGAACAUUCAGCGUUUAUGCAGAAAUGUACGAGAAUCAAGCCCAGUUGAUUGGAAAAUGGGGGACCACCGGCCUUCUGAAGCGUCCUAAAUUUUCUGAUGUCACCGGAACAAUCAAGCUGAAAAGAGAAGGCUUCCUGCCACCAAAGGGUUGGGAAUGGGAAGACGACUGGACUGUAGAUCCUGAAACAAGUUUACUGACCGAGGCGGAUGCUGGCCACAGUGAAUUUACAGAUGAAGUGUAUCAAAAUGAAAGCCGCUAUCCAGGGGGUGAAUGGAAGCAAGCAGAGGAGCCCUACACCGAUGCUAAUGGAGAAAAGACUUCUUCACCUGGCGAGAUUACUAUUCCUCCUGGGUGGAUGUGGGAAGAUGAUGCUUGGAUCUAUGAUAUAAACAGAGCUGUGGAUGAAAAGGGUUGGGAGUAUGGAAUCACAAUUCCCCCAGACAGUAAACCCAAAUCGUGGGGCGCAGCAGAAAAGAUGUAUCAUACCCACAGACGGCGAAGACUAGUCCGGCAGAGAAAGAAGGAUCCAAAUGCCACAGUUUCAGCUACAAAGGUGUACUCCGCUGAAGAUCGGGAAGGCUGGGAAUAUGCUUCCCUCAUUGGCUGGAAAUUUCAUAUGAAAGAACGCAAGUCUGACACGUUCCGUCGUAGACGCUGGAGAAGAAAAAUGGCUCCAGCUGACCGCCUUGGGGCAUCUGCAAUCUUCAAACUUGAGGGUGCUCUUGGAGCAGACAGUCCAGAUGGUGAGGAGCAGAAAGGUUCUGAGAAGGAAACUGCAACAAAUAUAUUUGGAGCAAACACUCCGAUCGUGUCCUGCACUUUUGGAAGAGUCUACACAUAUCAUCUUCGCUGCUAUCUUUAUCAAGCCAGGGGUCUCAUUGCAUUGGACAAAGACAGCUUUUCUGAUCCUUAUGCUCAUGUUUCAUUUCUUCACCGAAGUAAAACCACUGAGGUCAUCCAUUCAACCCUUAACCCAACGUGGGACCAAACCCUUAUAUUUAAUGAAAUUGAUAUUUAUGGUGACCCACAAGCCAUUGCACAAAAUCCUCCUAAUGUGGUAAUUGAGAUCUUCGACAGUGACCAAGUGGGCAAAGAUGAGUUUCUCGGCAGAAGUUUGUGUACACCCAUGGUAAAAUUGAAUCCAGGAGUUGACAUAACACCAAAGCUUUUCUGGUAUCCUGUUAUGAAUGCCAAUAAACACUUUGGGGAUAUCCUUUUUGCUGCUGAGCUGAUCCUGCGAGAAAAGGAUGGAUCAAAUUUGCCAAUUCUACCUUCCCAGAAAGCACCAAUGCUAUAUAUGGUGCCGCAAGGAAUCCGACCGGUGGUCCAGCAAACUGCCAUUGAGAUCCUUACUUGGGGCUUGCGUAACAUGAAAAGUUACCAAAUGGCGUCUGUGAAUUCCCCAAGUCUCGUUGUUGAAUGCGGUGGGAAAAGUGUGCAAUCUGCUAUGAUCAAGAACCUAAAGAAAACUCCAAACUUCCAAAGCUCUGUCCUCUUCAUGACUGUGCCUUUGCCAAAAGAAGAAAUGUACGUGCCACCCAUAAUCAUUAAAGUGAUAGACCAUCGACCCUUUGGACGGAAACCAGUGGUGGGACAGUGCACUAUCGAUGUGCUGGAAGAAUUUCGCUGUGACCCAUACUCUGCCAAACAAGAUGAUGCAGCAGAAAUGAAAGUUGCCAUGCUGUCUUCGGCACCUCCCCGUGAUAUUAUUAUUGAGGUUGAGGACACAAAACCAUUACUGGCUGACCAGAUUUCCCAGACCCUUACUAUACUUAACAUAACCCAGCUUCAAGAAAAGGAAGAAGAAAUAGUUGACUGGUGGAGUAAAUACUAUGCUUCCAUUGGAGAACACGAGAAAUGUGGCCAGUAUAUACAGAAGGGCUAUGACACGUUGAAGGUGUAUGACAUGGAAUUGGAAGAUGUCCCUGAAUAUCAUGGUCUUACAGAUUUCUGUGACACAUUUAAAUUGUAUAGGGGGAAGUUUGAGGAGAAUGAGGACCCGUCUGUUGUAGGAGAGUUCAAGGGCUCUUUCCGCAUUUACCCCAUUACAGAGGACCCAAAUGUUCAGCCUCCGCCACGACAAUUCAGAGAGUUACCGGACAGUGGUCCCCAGGAAUGUAUAGUACGCAUAUACAUAGUCAAAGGCAUAGACUUGCAACCAAAAGAUAGCAAUGGGCUGUGUGACCCUUAUAUAAAAAUUACUCUGAGCAAGAAGGUGAUUGAAGACCGGGAUAACUACAUACCAAAUACUUUGAAUCCAUGUUUUGGAAGAAUGUAUGAACUGAGUUGCUUUUUACCACAAGAAAAAGACCUGAAGAUUUCCGUUUAUGAUUAUGAUGCCAUCACUCGGGACGAAAAAGUUGGAGAAACCACUAUAGAUCUGGAAAACCGGUUCCUGUCCCGAUUCGGCAGCAAUUGUGGAAUACCCCAAACAUACUGCGUUUCUGGAAUAAAUCAGUGGAGAGAUCAAAUGAAACCUUCGCAGAUCCUACAAAAUGUUGCCAGAUUAAAAGGAGUCCCUCCUCCAGUGUAUUCCGAAAAUGGAUCAAAAAUGCGCUUCUCCGGGCAUGAACAUACACUGGAAGACUUGGAAACAAACAAGAAAAUCCACCAGCACCUGGGUCCUGAAAAUGAACGCCUCGCUCUGCAUGUUUUGAGAAUGCAAGGACUUGUCCCAGAGCAUAUUGAAACAAGAACCUUAUUUAGCACUUUCCAGCCAAAUAUCUCUCAAGGCAAACUGCAGAUGUGGGUUGAUAUUUUUCCCAAGAGUUUGGGACCUCCAGGACCACCCUUCAAUGUCACAACUCGCAAAGCUAAGCAAUAUGUUCUUCGAGUCAUCGUUUGGAAUACCAAAGAUGUCAUUUUGGAUGAGAAGAGUAUUACUGGUGAAGAAAUGAGUGAUAUUUAUGUUAAAGGUUGGAUUCCUGGCAAUGAAGAAAAUAAGCAGAAAACAGAUGUGCACUAUCGGUCACUAGACGGUGAAGGAAAUUUCAACUGGAGAUUUGUGUUCCCUUUUGAAUACCUUCCAGCGGAACAACUGUGUAUUGUAUCUAAAAAGGAGCACUUUUGGAGCCUGGAUAAAACCGAAUUUAAGCUGCCACCAAAACUCCUACUUCAGAUUUGGGACAAUGAUAAAUUCUCCUUGGAUGACUAUUUGGGUUUUGUGGAACUUGAUUUACAUCGUACAGUCAUCCCAGCUAAAGUUCCUGAAAAAUGCACUCUAGACAUGAUUGACCAAGCCAAAGCUUCCAAGUUUGCCUCUUUAUUUGAACAGAAGUCCAUGAAGGGAUGGUGGCCGUGCUAUGCAGAAAAGGAUGGGAAACGUAUUUUAGCGGGAAAAAUUGAGCUGACUCUGGAAGUCCUCAAUGAAAAAGAGGCUGAAGAAAGACCAGCUGGCAAAGGACGAGAUGAACCCAACAUGAACCCCAAGUUAGACCCACCAAACCGACCAGAUACCUCCUUCCUUUGGUUCACAAACCCAUGUAAGACAAUGAAAUUUAUUGUGUGGCGUCGAUUUAAAUGGAUCUUCAUUGGCAUUAUUAUCCUGCUGCUUGUUCUCCUGUUCCUCGCCGUUUUCUUGUACUCUCUCCCGGGUUAUGUAUCAAUGAAGAUCGUGAGGCCAAAUUCAUAGGAAGAGAUUGUAAAGCCAAGUGUCUAGGAGAAUGGGGUACAUUCCUAACUGGGACCAAAUCUUGUUUUUUAUAGAUUUUGUUUGCACAAUCCACAUACAAAUAUGGUCUUCGGGUAACCAAAACCACAUUUAAAAAGAAGCAAUUGUCUCACUUUUUUUGUUAAAAAGAAGAAAAAAAAAUAUUAAAGUGCAAUAAAUAUAGUAUAAUAUUUGUGUAUGAGAGGAAUAAAUUGUUGACAACUUUUUUAUGGAGUCAUUUUACAAUUCUGCU